CCGCUCUUGACAGCUCUUCGGGAUGGUGGCGGCGGUUGCUGGGGUGACCCGGCUGCUCGUGCUCUUGCUGAUAGCAGCCGCGGCUCCCAGUAGGGCCCGAGGCAGCGGCUGCCGGGUCGGGGCCGCCUCGCGCGGGGCUGGGGCUGAUGGCCGUGAAGGUGAGGGCUGUGGUACUGUGGGAUUGCUGCUGGAACAUUCGUUUGAGAUUGGUGAUGGAGCCAACUUCCAGAAGCGUGGCUCAUUGCUGUGGAACCAGCAGGAUGGAACCUUGUCUGCAACACAGCAGCAGCUCAGUGAGGAGGAGCGGGGCCGGCUCCGGAAUGUGGCUGCCGUCAACGGCCUUUACAGAGUCCGGGUCCCCAGGCGGCCUGGGGUACUUGAUGGUUCGGAAGCUGGUGGCUACGUGUCUUCCUUUGUCCCAGCGUGCUCCCUGGUGGAGUCACACCUAUCAGACCAGCUGACCUUGCAUGUGGACGUGGCUGGCAACGUGGUGGGGCUGUCGGUGGUAGCGUGGCCCGGCGGCUGCCGGGGCUCUGAGGUGGAAGACGAAGAUCUGGAGCUGUUCAAUACAUCCGUGCAGCUGCGGCCUCCGGGCACCGCCCCAGGCCCUGAGACUGCAGCCUUCAUUGAACGCCUAGAGAUGGAGCAAGCCCAGAAGGCCAAGAACCCUCAGGAGCAGAAGUCCUUCUUUGCUAAAUAUUGGAUGUACAUCAUUCCAGUUGUGCUGUUCCUCAUGAUGUCGGGAGCUCCAGACGCCGGGGGCCAGGGUGGGGGCGGGGGUGGGGGCAGCGGCCGGUGAGCAGCUGCGCCACCUACAGUCCCCCAGAGCCUGCUGCCUUGGCCAGCUCAAGAAGGAGUUCCUGUCCCUCCAUGUCCGUGUUGCAUGAGCGUGGAAGGCUGUCCCUUCAGGAGCCUGCAGCCCAUCUUGCAGCGCCCUCAUCCUCUCCCUGAGCCUCUCUGUUUCUGUGACUGAGAGAUAGGGUGCACCUCCCUGUAACCACCUCAGGCCCACUGGCUUCCCUGGGCCUUUGCUAAACUCCCAGGAGCCCCGCCCCCCCCCCCUCCGCCAUGCAGUUUGGGAACAUGCCAAGCUCUCUCCAGCCUCUGCCUUUGUCCUCCAUGCCCCCCUCACUGUCACACUUAGUGUCCUUGACAAGGGUAUGUGGCAAGGAGGCCUCUGUUGCUGGUGGCUGGGUCUGCCUCCCAGUGUGUAGAAGCUCCCAGCCCACUUUCCGUGUGCUGUGCUGUGCACCCUUCCUGGUGCCCCAGAGCACCUUGGUGACUUCCACCACCAUCUUCUCUGUCUCCAGAUGUCCCACUCUGGGUAUGGUACCAGGAGAGAAUUGUGGGUGAGGUCGUUAGUCUGUCUUUGUGAAUGUGCGCCGCAGCAAGCAGUUUUGAGCCAGCUCUGAGCUGGCAGCUCACUCCACAGCUGCUGUGCACUUUCUUGCAGAUCUGUGGCCAUGGCCACGGAGACUGCUGUGUCGUCUCAGCUGUGUUGUGUGGCUGUCGAUUAAACUGUCACCUAAACAGCCACCGUUCAGCUUGCUUCCUGCCUUCUGUGGUUGUAAAUAGUUCUGGAUGGCUGCUGCCACUGGCCUGAUUUAUGUUUGAGUGGCUUCCUCAGGACAUGUUAUAGAGGGUUGCCUGGGACAGGUUAAAGUUUCUGUGAGCUGCGCUGCA